CCAACCGAAAUAAAGCUCCUAAACCUUUCUAAUAAAGUGCUCUUACUAUGGGGUCCGUGUCCAAAAACAUUUAUUCUAGGCCUUUUAUUUGAUUGGAUUAUAUAUUUUUUUAUUUAAUAAAUAAAAACUUUAAUGAAGGACAGCUCAUACAAUAUCAAACCCUUCUCUUCUCUUCUCUUCUACCUCUAAAUUUCUUCCCCAAUUCUCAUUCAGUCAAUCUCUCUCACUGGGGCUACCCCUACCCUAGGAUCGACCUUACCUAGUCUUCGCCACAGACGAGAUCAACAACGCCGGAGGACCUUCCCUCCACGCAGGUAAGUGAUUGAUUGGUUUCUUUAUUCUGUGGAUUUGAAAGAUGCAGAAAUUGGGCGAUUUUAAGCUACCUCACUUCUUCAAUUACCCACCUUACUUCACUUUGCAGCCAGUAAGGGAAAUCUGUGAAAAGAAAAUACAGCUUGGGAAGGAACUUAUUCUAGAGUACUGUAGAUUCCAAAAGAUAACCGUGAAUGGAUUGGGGGAAGAUUUUCCUUAAUUCUCAAAUGCUGUAACCAAAGAUUUCUUAGUCAUGAAGCCGGGGAAGCGUUCCUCGCAGCUUUAGUUUCAGAAGGACGUGUAGAAUGGUCAGAUAAAGGACAUAGGAAGUGAAGUGUCUUAUUCUCUGGUGAAGGUGGUUGCCACUACCCAUUCAAUCGAAGACUUUGAUCUGGUGAAGGCUGAUAUAUAAAUACAUACAUAUGUACAUAUAUAUUUUUUUAUAGACUUGGUAGUUGACCAUUUGGGCAUUCUUAUCUGGAACUUGAGAAGGUCAAAUUAAAGAGUGGUGUUUUGCUGACUUUCUACAAUCCCAAGCAUCAAUGAGGCUUCUUGGAAGUCUCAUGAUGCUUUUACUUCUGAUAUGCUUUUUAUGGCUGUCAGAUCUCAAUGCUCAAUCCAUUCCCGAGUCUUCAGGAAGCCGUGCUGAAGCUCUAGAUUCACUUCUCCAAGAUUAUGCUUACAGGGCUCUUGUUCGUCCAAAGACUGGAACUGUCUAUGAUGGUAAUGUUCCGACCAAUUUAACAGGCAUAAAGAUAUCGGCAUUGAGGCUCAGAAGCGGUAGCUUAUACAGAAAAGGAGUUAAGUACAAAGAGUUCAAUAUUCCUCCGGGUGUCUUUGAGACUCCAUAUGUAAAGAGGCUUGUUUUGGUGUACCAAAACUUGGGCAAUCGGUCUUCCACCUUCUACAAUUUAUCGGGUUAUAGCUACUUAACUCCAGUACUGGGUCUUCUUGCUUAUGAUGGUUCAAACUUAGAAGCCAAGAAUUUGCAAGAGUUGGAUAUCAGAGUAACUGGUAAUCCCAUAUCGAUUAGAUUCUCAAAUGUUUCACCAGCCCCCUCGAGGGAAACAGCGAAGUGUGUUUGGUUCGAUCUGAAGGGUGUCCCAACCUUCAGUAAUGUAAUAUCAGACAAUGUAUGUUCGACAGUCCAACAGGGACACUUCUCCAUUGUGACAGAGUCUAUUGCUCCUUCUCCGGCACCCACAUCUCCUGUUCCAACUCCAGGUUUCCAACCUCCAAGCGAGAUUCCUGCACCCAAAGGCGAAGAAAAUAACAAGGGGAAGAGCAAUUCUAAAGUAUGGAUAAUUGUCGGGUCUGUAGUUGGCGGAGUGGCACUUUUAGGACUCUUGGCCUUGUUGCUUCUUUGGGGACAAAAAUUCCAGCAAAAAAAGAAGAUGCAGCAAAUGGAGAGAGCUGCAGAGGUGGGAGAAGCACUGCAUAUGACCCCAAUCGGGAACACAAAGGCACCAGCAGCAACAGUUACAAGAACACAACCGGUACUCGAGAGUGAAUAUGUGCCUUAGACAAAACAACAUUAUUGUGACACCAUUUGUACACUCGGAAAAUUCGAUAUUCAAAGUUCAUUCCCUGUAAUCAGAAAGAAAAAAGAAAAAAAAAAUUGACACCACUUUUCGGUGGCGCGUCUUCGGUAGAUUGUUUGUUUAGUGUGAGUAAUAUAGGAUUUUUGUGUAAUUUUCUUCCCAUUUCCCUCCUCUUUGGUUCAAUUAUUCUUUACUGUGUGAAAUCAGCCAGAUAGUGAUUUUUUUUCCUCUUUGUGAUGAAUUCAGUUUCCCCAUUGACUAAAGGAAUAAAAUCUGUCCAGUGAUGUUUUUUUUCUCCAAA